CUGAACUACAUUCUGUUUGACCUCUGACCGCAAAAAUAAAAUGGCUUCCAAGUGUAUGCUGUUUCGACGUAGUUUGGGAACUGUAUGCAGUUUUAGGGACCUCAUUAUACCAUCAGAUAUAUUAGGUACAUCUUGUUGUGAGAGGUUCCGACAUUAUUCAACGCUAUCAGAGAAACAGAAGGAUGAAAUAGCCGCGGGACCAGACUUUGAAGAUUUCGUGACAGGAAAUGUAGAUGCUUCUGACAGAUCUGCCCCAAAUAUCAAAAGAAAAAAAGGAGAAAGACUUCGUCUGCCCCCUUGGCUGAAGACAAAGAUCCCCCAAGGGAAGAACUACCAUGGAUUGAAGGAAAAUCUCAGGGAACUAAACCUUCACACGGUGUGUGAGGAGGCCAAAUGUCCUAACAUUGGGGAGUGCUGGGGCGGAGGGGACAGCGGUACUGCCACAGCAACCAUUAUGGUAUUGGGAGACACAUGUACCAGAGGCUGUCGUUUCUGCUCAGUGAAGACGGCACGGAACCCUCCACCCCCGGACCCAGAGGAGCCACGCAACACUGCUAGGGCUAUCACCUCCUGGGGACUCGAUUACGUGGUUCUCACCUCCGUAGACAGAGAUGAUUUGCCAGAUGGAGGAGCGGCACAUUUCGCCCAGACUGUACAAGAAAUAAAGAAAAGCAAGGACAUGUUGGUGGAGUGUCUCACGCCUGACUUCCGUGGCGAUAUGAACUGUGUGGAGAUUGUGGCAGACUCGGGUCUGGAUGUCUACGCACACAACGUGGAAACUGUGGCAGAAUUACAGUGGCUGGUCCGAGAUCCACGGGCCAAUUACAAACAGUCUCUCAAAGUUCUGGAACACGUGAAGACAUUCAAACCAGACAUGGUCACGAAGACUUCCAUCAUGCUGGGCCUUGGGGAAACUGACGAUCAGAUUCUAAGAGUGCUAGAAGAUCUCAGGAAGAUAGAUGUUGAUUGCCUGACUCUGGGCCAAUAUAUGCAGCCAACAAAAAGGCAUUUAAAGGUAAAAGAGUAUGUCCACCCUGACAAGUUUAAACACUGGGAGGAGAUUGGAGAUAAGCUUGGCUUUGCCUACACGGCCAGUGGGCCGCUGGUCAGGUCAUCCUACAAAGCCGGGGAGUUUUUUAUAAAGAACGUCUUGAAUUCACGAAAGAAAUCCGCAUUUGCUACUUGAAGUUUGGACAAGUGAAAUAAAUUCCAAAGGUCAUGUGACCAGUCAUGUGACCAUACUGUGAUGCACUCAUCUCUAAUAUCUGUGAUGGUCUAGUGUAUUAAUUCCCUGAUCUGUGAUCAUGGUCUCAUAAUGGACUGUUUUGAUGAAAGAGUAUAUAUGUGCAUCACAUUUUCUAAGAAUCUCAGGAAUUGGAUGAGGUUAUUUUUGUUGGCAGUCACUGUCAUAAAAGAGCUGUUGAUCUUCAUGUUAUCUCCGAGAUUGAGCUUCAGACAACCUAGAAAAUUUUCAUUUGUCUGAAUUUUAGCAUUUUGUGUUGUAUGGGGAUGUUAAACCACAAACAAACAAACAAAAAUACACUUAGCAUAAAUAAAGAGUUUGAUGCGAGUUCAGUUUUACCUAUAUCACAUGUAGAUGGAGAAGUACUACCUGGAAACGACGGACAAAGACAUAGGAUGUUUCUGUUUUACAACACAAACGGUUACUGUUCUGUUACAGAAAAUAUGUCAUGGAUUUGUCCCUUCUGUUUGUAUUCGGUUUAGCUACUGGGAAAUGAAGAUUCAGCUUUCAAAAAUGUUCGACUGUAAAUAACAAGGGAUUACAUUAACAACUUCUACUUCGUUCAAUGCAUUUAUUCAAAAGGUAUCCAUGUCCAUACUUGUAGAGCUCUUUUUAACUCAUUCACCCCUGAAAUUCCAUAAUAAAUUAUUCCAACCUUUGAAUUGGAAGAGUUCAAAAGUGUCUUCAGGGGGGAAAGAGUUAAUGAGGCCUUUGGUCCUAACUGCAUGCAUUUCCUGUUAUCAUUAUGACAUUGACAUGCUACUUUGUUAUAAGCAGUUAUUUGCAAUAAACAUAAGCAUUUUUUCCUUUACACUCACUUUGUAGGAACAUCGUUAUUCAGACAGUCUUGAUUUAUCCCCUGUCCUAUUCAAUGCAGUUCUAGCUGAUACCAUCAGGAUCGUGGGUUUGAUGAUUGGGUAUUGCUAAGAUAUAUAGAUUUGUUAUUAAUUUAAAAAAGUGUACAGUGCAAAAUCUGAGCAAUUUUAACGAAUGUUAAGUUUUUGGAGUGUAAAGCAUGAAACCAAGUGUAUUUAUAUUUGUAUUAAUUUAUCAACUUUUCAUUUUGUAAAAACAAAAUAAAAAGAUAUCAUUGUA